UGUCAAACACCGGUACUGAACCCGGUAACUGGACGGUGCUCUUUUUAUGUUUUUCCCAUGUUAUCCGAAAAACAACCAAAGACAAAGUGAACGAAAUACAAGCUCUUUGGGUCGCUCUGGUUGCGUUUCAUUCGAGAAUUCAAAGCAUCAAUGGCACACCUGCUGCCACUUCGCGUAUUCCUUUCUUCACAGACACAGGAAACUCCCUCCAAGCCAUUGAAACUUUCCAAGAGAAGUAACAAUCAUAAAACAUCCAUUUCAACUGCUAAAAAAGGUCUUCUCAGUCCCUCGCACAAAAUGCACAAGUUGAAUUUGGAGGUUUCUCCCCAUAGAGCUGUAUCUGCUGUGAGAUUGAUGAGAAUUGAGUUUGGUGGUGCAUUUGCUGACCUUUUAAAUGAGAAAGGAAAGGGUUCUGGAGAUAAUGAGAUGGGAUAUGUGGAAAGAACUCUUGGUUUCCGUACCCGUGAUUUAGAUGAUCGAGAUCUUAGAUUGGUUACAGAUAUCGUUGGUGGUACCAUUCGCUGGAGGAGAUAUCUUGACCAUUUAAUUGGAUCCCUAUGUCAUGAUGAAAGUAUGUUUAGAAGCAUGGAACCACUUCUGUUACAGAUUCUCCGAAUCGGUUUCUAUGAGAUUGUCAAGCUUAAUAUGCCACCAUAUGCUGUUGUAGAUGAGAAUGUAAAACUUGCAAAGGUUGCUCUUCGACCUGGUGCUGGUAACAUGGUCAAUGGGAUUCUCCGGAAGUUAGUUUUGGUUAAGGAAAAUAACUCCCUUCCUCUACCCAAAUUGGAAGGUGAUAGUCGUGCACAAGCACGUGCUCUUGCUACUCUAUAUUCUCAUCCUGUUUGGAUGGUAAGACGAUGGACAAAGUAUCUUGGACAAGAAGAGGCAAUUCAGCUAAUGAUGUGGAACAAUAGUGAUCCCAGUUUUAGCUUAAGGGCAAAUGCUGCAAAGGGAAUUACUAGAGAUGAUCUAGUGAUGCAGCUUAAUUCCUUGAAGGUCCCGCAUGAGGUUUCUUUGCAUUUGGAUGAUUUUGUCCGUGUAAAAAUUGGUUUGCAGAAUGUCAUACGAGCAGGGUUGCUGAAAGAAGGUCUCUGUUCUGUCCAGGAUGAAAGUGCAGGUCUUGCAGUUUCUGUUGUAGAUCCUCAACCUGGCGAGGACAUUAUCGACUGUUGUGCUGCUCCUGGAGGAAAGACUCUUUACAUGGCAUCUCGUUUGAGGGGCAAAGGCAAAGUGCAUGCAAUUGACAUAAACAAAGGCCGUUUGAGAAUUCUUAAAGAGACAGCCAAGUUGCAAAAAGUUGAUGGUGUUGUUGACACAAUCCAUGCCGAUCUUCGUACUUUUGCUGAAAGUAGUCCAAUGAAAUCUGGUAAAGUUUUGUUGGAUGCCCCUUGUUCUGGACUCGGUGUUCUCUCCAAGAGAUCAGAUUUGCGUUGGAAUAGAAGAUUAGAAGAUAUGGAACAACUUAAGAAUCUGCAGGAUGAACUCCUUGAUGCAGCAUCCACAUUGGUGAGCUCAGGAGGGGUAUUAAUAUACAGUACUUGCUCCAUUGACCCUGAAGAGAACAAAGACAGGGUGGAAGCUUUUCUUGUCAGGCAUCCUGAAUUCAGAAUAGAUCCUGUGAAUAGAUAUGUGCCAUCUGAUUUUGUUACAAAACAAGGCUUCUAUUUCUCUGAUCCUGUAAAGCAUUCCCUAGAUGGAGCCUUUGCAGCUCGUCUUGUUCGGACUUUGUGAAGAAAUUUAAGUGCGAAACAACCCUUGAUGGUCUACACAAUGAGUUCAUUGCACGAAAAAUGUUCUCUGUAACACCAAGCCACCGUAGUGAAGAGCUCAUCUUUACAAGGUACUCAGAUGGAUAAGGAUUUUAAUAAUGCUCCAGCAUUAUUUACAGGAGGCCAUUAAGAAGAUGAUACCUAUGCAUUGACUUGAUAUCGUGCUUCAACAUACAAGUUACCAGACAAACUAAUGGUUGUUGUCUGGUGAUGACAAGGAGAGCUGCUUGAAGAACAUGUUCAUGAAAUGUCAAAGCUGAAUGUAAGUAGCUUGAUUAAAACAAGCAUUGGCCUACUUAUGAUCAGAGUAUUCCUGGUGUCAGCUAGAUACAAUAUAAUAAUAUUUUUCAUUCUUGCAAAUGCAUAAUGAGUUGCUGGGAAGUGAUUAUUCGGUACCAAUAUGAUAAUAUCUACUUUUUUGCAAAUGUAUUAAGAGUUGCUUCUUUCUUUCA